AUGGUUAAAUUUAUUUUAUUCGUUUUAGCCUUAGUUGCUGUUACACAAGGUCGUGUGGUCAAUAAUUUAACUUCGAGGAUCGUCAAUGGCACAAGUGCAAAGCUCGGAGAACUUCCUUUUCAAGCCUCGUUGCAAAGAGGUGGACGGGCCUACUGUGGUGGAUCCGUAAUAAACGAAUAUUACGUUGUAACAGCCGCCCACUGUCUCGCCAGGAAACAAGCUUCAAGCUUAACAGUUAUUGUUGGGACUAUCAACUGGCAGAAACCAGGUUACGUGCACCAAGUUGAAAAAAUAAUUGUCCAUAGCAAAUUCACUUCUAAAGGCUCUUUCGAAAAUGACAUUGGUUUGGUAGAAGUUAAGACUCCCUUUCAGUUUUCGUUUAUUCUUCAACCAGUUCUGCUGCCAACGCUCGACGAAGAAGUAGCUACUAACAGUAUUGCUAUUGUUUCCGGAUGGGGUCGACUUGGUGGGAAAGUGUUGAAACAGCCAGACAAUCUUCAAAAAGCUGAGAUUUUCAUCAUUGAACCAGAAAGUUGUCAAAGUGUCAUGACAGAAAUUAUUCAUCCAACGCAGUUAUGCGCCAACGAUCCGACAGCAAGAAGAGGACAAUGCUCGGGGGACUCCGGUGGGCCGCUCUCGAUCGAUGGAAAGCUCGUGGGAAUCGUAUCAUGGUCCAUCAAGGACCCGUACUGCGCGAGCACCACAUAUCCUGGUAUUUACACUCGCGUGUCCAAGUACGUCGAUUGGAUCAACGAAAACGCAGUUCACCCGGACUAAUAAAAAAUUUGUAACGUUUAUGCCUCGUUCAGCAAGUGUACUUCAUAAUACGUA